AUGGAUAAUUUUUGUGUUUGUAAUAAAAAAGGAGAUUGUUACACGCCUGUUAAAAAUAAUACACCAACUUAUGUUGAAUUGGCGCCUUAUUGUGAUCCAUAUGAAGGUCCAAAUGUUUACAUGGAACUUUAUAAAGGUGAACUUAAUUUGGAAAGUGACAAAUCCAAAUUAUAUAAACAAAAAUUUAACGCCGGUCCUUUUGGUUGUAGCUCUGAAUAUAUGAAAAUUUCUGCGGUUAGCUGCAAUGGAUGUUCAAAAAUUGGCCAAGCAGUUCGAGAAAAGACAUGUAAAGGGGAUUAUGUUCCGAAUAAAUUGGAUGCACAAAAUAUUCGAGAUAUUUUAUUUGGCAUAAAAGGAACAACAGUUAAUCCAUAA